AGAUAUAUAAAGGUAAACGCGCAUAAGUUCGUCUAAAUUCUGCUGCGACAGUCGUUAUUAAUAAGUGUUGUUCUUUUUAUUUAUAUAAGACUAAAGUGACUGUUUUUUCCAAAAUGAAAGCUCUUUACGUUCUUACCGUUUUAACUUUCAUCGCCUUCACUUUGACCGAGCCGGUGAUCAAACCUCAAUGUCCAGAAGACGAUAAUCCGAACGCUACUCUGAUUAAAGAUCCAUAUCACUGUGAUUCAUACUAUGUUUGUUUGGAAGGUGACCCGAUUCCAAUGAAGUGUCCACCAGGCUUGCACUUCAACGAUCUAUUGAAGACUUGCGAUUAUCCGAAAAAAGCAAAAUGCAAGCCUCUUCCACCACCUUCCUCUGAUUAAACAGUUAUUAUUUACCUCACGUAUACGAUACGUGUGAUUGACAUAUGCCAUUCUUUCGCAAUCAUAAUAUCGCUUCCGAUGGAUAACGAACACGGCUAAUAUUUGUUUUAUUUAUGUAUAUAAUUGUAAUUCUUAAUAAAAAGACGUAUUGUAGAUAAGAACUGUA